UUAAGUCUUAAAUGGCCAAAUACUAAAAUUAUACCAGAAUAAAAGAAAACUUUUCCAAAAUUUAUGUCGAAAAAAAAACUAAAAAAUUGUUAAAAAAAGCAAUACAACACCAGAAAAACCAAAAAAUAUAUAUAUUUUUUUUAACGUUUUUUUGCAACUCUAAACACAAGAAUUAUUUUUAGUAGAUGGCACAUAAGAAGCUAGCUCUAUGGAGCAGCAACUAUAGUAUUUUUAGAAAAGAGAAAGAGAAGCAACAUUACAUGUGAAUGCAUAUAAAAAGGUUUUAGUUAGGGCAGGCAAUCAUUAAGAAUAAAAUUUAAAAAAUCAAAAAACAAAAUAAAAAAGUCACGGUGAAAAUUAUCAAGUCACAAAAUAUCAAAUAGCUAAUAAACAUUCUUGUUAUUAUUAUUAUAUGUUAUCACAACUAUUAGAUGUUUACUUUAUGUUAGUUAGUAAUGUUAUGUUAUUAUAAUUAUUAUAGAACUUUUAAAAAAGACUGUCUUUUCUACCUGCAUUUUAAAGCAUCAGAAGAUGGACAAUCAUUAGUUUGGCAAGAUAUGGAUAAUAAUCACAAUCAUGAAGUUUCUGAAAUUCUCUAUAAGCACCUGCCUAAUCAACGAAAGCUUCCAGAUUAUGCUAUUCAUAAAGCUAAAGAGUUAAUGAAUUUAAAGCCAAACAAAAAGCUGCUGCAAAAAGAAUUAAUUAGUUCCACAGGCAAAGUUAUAACUCUUAGAGAUAUAUCAAAUAUUGCUGCUUCUUCUCACAAAAAUGAUAGCCGGAAUGAUAUCACAUCAUUUGUGACAACUUUAAAAGAAAAAUAUAGUAAGUAGUAUUUAAAAUACCUUUGUACAGUUAUUGCUAUUAUAUUGUUUACUAUAAAUCUAUAAGCAUAUUAAUAAA